GUCGGAAUUUGAAGCUCAUCGCAGCUAGCCGUGUCGCCAGAUCACGUAGUCGCCAAACGACACUGCAUACGUGCGUGCAAUCGAUCCUCCAACAGACAAUGCGGGCGGCUCGGCCUCCAUGUUGUGUGUACUGUGCGCGAACAGAAGUAUGCCCUGAUUGGCAAGGACGGCCAGCGAAACAAAAUAGCACUUGCUACAUGCACACACUUGAUCUUGGACAGGCGAACAAGUGCAGGGUAAUGUCGCCAAGACAGGGCCAACGGAGUGCGUCCUGAUUGGCUGCACCGGAUUUAGGCUGUGUCUGUACUGACCUCGGUGAGUCAACUCGACUUCAGACUUACGGUGGGAAUGUGGUCAAAGUGGAAAAUAUGGCAGUUGGGAAGUCGGCAAGUGGAAAAUACGGCGUUUUUUCUUUUCCGGUGCGCGGCCCGCCCUGCAUGUGAACAUGCAGUGUCAAUUGUGGUGUUUUCGCUUCGCGGGUGCAGAGGUAGCAAGCAAUGUGGUGCGCGCAUGUGAACAUGUCAGUGUCGACUGGUCUCUGCACUUCCAACGUCGUUAGCCGGGCGUUAAGGACGUUUGCACCAGCACGUUUCGUCCAACCGUCCAAGGGCAACGUCCGUACUAGCACGUUGGCAGUCUACUUCUUCACCAUCUCAACAUUAUCCCUCGAGUACGAUAGGUUCCUGCACACUGCAGCACCAGCACCUUUCCUGGUCUGCCAGCUAACCACCUCUUCCCAGCUUCACUAUACAAUCAUCAAGACGGCGCUUAAUGGCUCCUCGCAAUUGUUGUAUAGAAUCCUCCGCGUACGAGCGUACCGGCAGCGAUUGGAGCAGCAGCUGCAGGACCCGGAGCAGCAGCCGCGGCAGCGGGCGCGACUACAAGGCUGCCGCCGACGUGCCGUGCAAAAGGAACGACAGCGGCAGCAGGAGCUGCAGGGGCUGUACGGAGCCUACAUGCAGGAGGGCGACAGCACCUUUGUCCCCGAGCCGUGGUCUUAA